ACACCAAUAGAAUGCAACCCUUAGAUCUUGCGCUGAACGCAACACAACGGCCUUGGCCGUUGCUCCUGGCCUCGGCUGUUGCUGAACGUGCUGCGGGGAAGAACAACGGCAGGGCUGGUUGCAAUUGUCUUCUAACUCCUUCCUCCCUUCACUGGAUAACAACAACUCGGGGUUGUGUAUUCCGUCCAAUGCGACGCUGACACGGGAAUUGCGGCAAGCCGACUUGCCCUCCUUAUCCUUACUCAGGGAGUCCUCUCCCUCGCCCCCUCAGUCACGCGGCGAUCGAAAGUAUUUUCUCCCGGAUCCGCGAGCCUGCUUCGCAAUACUGCUCCGCCUUGACAAGUCUCACCCCCCACCAGCACUCUUGCCGGGACAAGGCUACAGGGAGGAUAACAGACUCGCAGUCUUACCCCGCAGACUCGCUAACUAUUGGCUCUUUUCAGAUUUGCCUUUGCAAGGCGGCUUCCGGGAGAGAAAGGGUGUAGGCGGGAUAACGCCGGUCUCAGCUGCAUCUAUUCGGCUGCAGUCCCCGCUACUGCUGCGGCUAAGUCGGAAAAAACCUCGCAGCAUUUUUGCACCGUCAUUUCCUGUGCCGGCCGUCAGUUUGUCGAUUCCACCGUCAACAACCCCCCGUGUACGGGCCGUUUCCCUCGCCUCCUGCUCCCGUGAACCGUCAGUCCGCGACGGCAAAAGAAGCUUAACACAGCAAGAGCUGCCCUCCAAGGGACGAGUCGUACGUCGAGACACUAGCAACAGUCGCGUCGUUCCGGCAGCUUUCCCUUCACCAGCGCUUCCCGUUGUCGCCGGCGUUACGAGCUUUUCCUUCAGCUCUCCUUUUCCGCCGUGAGUCCCGAGACUCACGGCGUGCGCCGCAUGAUGGCGCUUCCCGCCGUGCCUCGUGCUCCUGGCGGCGGCGGCGCGUUGGCCACGCGUCAAGCGGCGGACGACGACGACUGGCUCGUGCCGUACAUCGCCUCCACGCGCUACGGCGCCGACUCUAAGAUCCAAUCGCAGCACGCCGUCGACCUCGCCGCCGCCGCCGCCGCCGCCGCCGCCAUCCCCGUUCCCGCGACAAGCGCUGCCGGCGGCGGUCAGAUCCAGAGCGCCUACCGGACGGCCAAGGCUGCCGGCGCCGGCUACGACCUAAGCGCCAUUGACGGCCCGCGCGAUUCCCGCCGCAGGUCCUGGGCCGCUCCAAGCGUUUCCCCUAUAGUGGCGCGUCGCCCAGGUGGCGGAGCGGCGGGAGCGGCCGCGGCGGUGGCGGUGGCUGCGGCUGCUGCAGCUGCGGUGGUGGCGGGGGGGAGAGAAGACGAGCGGAAUGCGCGAGUGGCGGCGGCGGCGGUGUCGAACGGUGACGCAACUGACAGCAGCGUUGCUACUAUCGGCGCAUCCGCUGGCAGCGCUGCCGCCAUUACUCCCCCACUGCCCCAGGGAAGAGACGCGGGUGGCGGACGCUGCGUUUUGGCGACAGAGGCCGCGGAAGCGGAUUCGUCGGUUCCCCUCGCGCGCGGAGUCGUUUCCGCCGGAGGAGUCCGCGGAGACGGCGGCGGAUCUGUUGUCGGGCGGAGAUUAGUCCCCGUGGCGGAAGGCUGUGCGGAGGCGCAGCAGUCGCGGGAGCAGUUGGAGGCGGAGGCGGAGUUCCUGAUGCACGCGAGCGCCGCGCGGAAGUCGAUAUCGGGGAGCGGGAGACGCGCGUCGCUGGAUUACUCUGACCUAGAAGCGGUGAAGGAGAGGGUCCAACAAGCCGCGUCUCUCUGGGCGUUAGCAGAGGACAGGGAGAGAGAGGACGCAGCUGCUGCUGCAAUCCUUUUGCAACAGGAGCUGCAGAGGCGGCAGCAGGAACAGCAGCAGCAUCAGCAGCAGCAGCACCAUGAGCCGCAGGAGCAGCAGCAGCAACAGAAGCAGCCGGAGAAGCAGGAAAAGCAAACACAUUUUCGCAAGAAAUCUGUCGACGUGUCAGCAUCGGUAGCAGCGUCAGCAGCAGCAGUAAUGUUUCCAAGAGACAAGUCAAGAAGGAGCAACAGCAGCAGUAAGAACUGCGAUACUAGUAACAUGAGCCAAGGUGGCAGCAGUGGCAAGGUCUCCCUCUUUCGCAAGUGGCUCUCAUUUGGCCGCUAAGCGAUGCAAUCGAGAAGAAUUGUCUGGCUGUUAUGCUGCCUGUGUUGGCGGUAUGUGAAGUAACAGAAGCUGCUUUAUUAAAGCAAUUGGGAAAAGCAGAUGGAUGAUAAAAUCCUGUUGGACUCGCAUGCGGAAGGGUUUUUGGUUUUACUGAACCUGGCAGAAACAGACUGGUGGAGGAGACCUUUGCCCCCUGCUAGCAUUUGCCAAACAUUUUGACAUCAAAUGUCCACGUAAUUUCUGAACAAGAAUUGUGAAAGCUUGCUUAUG